GGGGAGUAAGAGGAGAUACUUUGGAAGGAUAGAGUACUGCGGGAUGGGGAAGGAUCCGGAUUGUCAGGUCCCUCCCAUCACCCCUAGAUGCUAUGCAUGCGAAAGAUAAUGCUUAUCACCCUCGGCUCGGGCCGGCAUACCGUAUCCUGGUCUUAUUCCAUGCAUCUCCGCCCCCCACCCCCUUCAGUCCCCUCCACCCAAUUUUUAGUGUACUGAGCGGCCGCCAGGCGGCGCCUAGGUCUAUACCGGGGCGCACCGACUUGACUUGGGGCGGGCUGGGAGGGGCAGCGGCAGCUUCUUAGCCGGCGGCUGCGGAGGCAGGAGCUGCAGUGGGUCCCCGGCUUUUACCGUGUGCACCCUGCCUGGCGCCCCGCCCGCCCAAGCUGCUAGAAGACCUUCCCUCGCCAGUCUCCGUGCCCCAGGCGACCUGCUCGCACCCUGCGCUGCUAGGUUCGUUCCGUCCAGAACCAGGCUGUGCCCGGGAAGGUAUAAGAGAGGAUAUGGCUGUGCCCCCUGGCAAGAGCUCGGGAACCCUGCGCGCCUAGCAGCGGGGAUGGCUCAAACUCCGUACAUCUUAGGAGUUGCAGACACAACCCCUUUGCAAGUUGAAGGAAGAAAGAAGAAGUUAGUUUCCAUUGGGGGCUCCCCACCCUUGAGAAGCGCCUGUCAUAAGGUGUGAGCACAUGCACAGACUGUGGAAGGUAUGCCCCAGACGCUGAGUGCCACAAGCAUGGUGACUCCCUGUGGCUUCAGCCCCCACCUUCAUCCAUCUGGGGAGCAAGGAGGACUGAUCUUCCAGGAUGGAAACCUGAGCUCAGCAUCACUUGAUGCUUUAAUCCAGCAUCUCAUCCCUACUACUGAUUACUACCCAGAAAAAGCCUACAUCUUUACCUUUCUGCUGAGUUCCAGACUCUUCAUCGAGCCCCAUGAGCUCUUGGCCAGAGUGUGUCACCAAUGCAUUGAACAGCAGAGACUGGAUGAUCCUGUGCUGGACAAGGCCCGGGUACGAAAAUUUGGUCCCAAGCUCCUGCAGCUGUUGGCUGAGUGGACAGAAACAUUCCCCUAUGACUUUCAGGAAGAGAAAAUGGUUGGCCACCUGAAGGACAUGAUUCGCCGGAUUGCACCCUGUGAUGAGGCUUACUGGAAAAGGAUGAAUCAGCUUCUGCAGGCACUGAAUCAGAAGCUUGCCACGCUUAGCCAUGGACAGGAAGGUCUAGUCAAAAUCAAUGCCACUGUCUCAGACAAGCUCGUCUCCUUCAAGACAAAGCCUUCCCCCUCAAUUCAACGAGAGAUUCUGAGCGUCUGCAGUGACCCUUACACCCUGGCCCAGCAGCUGACCCAUGUAGAACUGGAAAGGCUGAGUCACAUCGGACCAGAAGAAUUUGUCCAGGCUUUUGUGCAUAAAGAUUCUCUGGACAGCACGAAGCCUUGUUUCAGUGAACAGAACAAGACAAAUAACCUCGAGGCUUAUGUGAAAUGGUUCAACCGUCUGUGUUACCUUGUGGCAACUGAAAUCUGCAUGCCAGCCAAAAAGAAGCAAAGAGCACAGGUAAUUGAGUUCUUCAUAGAUGUGGCUCGGGAGUGCUUCAACAUUGGGAAUUUCAAUUCACUGAUGGCAAUCAUCUCGGGCAUGAACAUGAGCCCCGUCUCCAGGCUAAAGAAGACAUGGUCCAAAGUGAAAACAGCCAAGUUUUUCAUCCUCGAGCACCAGAUGGAUCCCACAGGCAAUUUCUAUAACUACCGGACAGCACUGAGAGGGGCAGCCCACCGAUCUCUCACUGCCCACAGCAACAGGGAAAAGAUAGUCAUUCCUUUCUUUAGCCUGCUGAUCAAAGACAUAUACUUUUUGAAUGAAGGAUGUGCCAACCGCCUUCCAAAUGGACAUGUCAACUUUGAAAAAUUUCUGGAGCUGGCUAAACAAGUUGGGGAGUUUAUAACAUGGAAACAAGUGGAAUGCCCAUUUGAACAAGAUCCCAACAUUACCCACUACUUACACACUGCUCCCAUCUUCACUGAGGAUGGUCUUUAUCUGGCUUCUUAUGAAAGUGAAAGCCCAGAGAACCAAGUAGAAAAAGAGAGGUGGAAGUCUUUAAGAUCUACUAUUUUAGGAAAGACUUGAAGAACAAGGAUUUGACAAAGUAGGAAAAGAAAAAAAAACAGCCAAAAUUCUUUGCACUACUGAUUCCAAAGAUGCCUAUUGGGGAUUUAGGUGUCAAUUUCUUUCUCUUUUUUUGAUGAACCACAAAACAUGAUGAACUGCAUUCUCUGCUGAAAUUGACAGCAUUCUGCACAAUUAUCCUUUUCUAAACGCUUAUAUCCUGGAAAUGACAGUGGCUGUCACUCAUACCCAGGGGCACCAAGACUGCCUGGGUUGAUGGUUCCCUUGUUUCCGAAGACAGCGUGUCAUGCCACGGUGCUACCCCAAAGCUUUGCCAAGCUCACAUGAUCAAAUGGAAACAAAAAAGCCUUUAGUAGGUGCUUCAAGAAGCAGCCUCUGAGUGUGUUCCCAAGACCAUGAAAUUUCUUUGUGUCUAACUCUGUUCAGUCUUGAAUGAAAACUUUGUCCUCCAACAGGGAUCACCAGCCUACUUGGGUAACGAGUGCAUUGCAGUCGAACAAACCAACUACCAAGACAAAGGGCCAGGGGAGCCUUGACAUCACAAAUUCAACAUGACAGGAACUGUCCAUUCAUGGCUUCCUUCCUUAAUCAUUGCUUCUCUUUCUGGAACUCAAAGCAGAGGGUUGGCUGAGCGUGAAACAAUACUGACUGCAUCAAUUGUACCUUCGGCUUCUGCUGAUGAAGCACAAUGCUCUGAGAGAUGGGUUUACCUCUAAUUAAGGCAUGUGGGUCAUUCCCUGGUUCUGCUGAUGCUAAGAAAUCUCUCCAGUGACAUAUGAUGAAAUAUAAGUGUGUGAAACAGGUCAGUGGGCCAAAAUUGAUUUCACUUAGUAAAUAACUCAUAGGUUAAAAUUAGUGGCAUUUAGUUCUGCCGUGACAUCUCGUUUAAAAUAUAUAUAUAUUUAUCCCUUGGACCCAAGAGGAACUCAUUAUAAAAUACCCAUCACAUCAUCAAGUUAGAAUGAAGAGUCUAGUAUCUCAGGGCUCCCAGACAGUCAUUGUUAUUGGAGAUGGGAUAGAAUGUGCUUGCCAUUUCCUCUGCAUAAGGAUUCAUGUAUAGAUUAUAAAACGCGAAAACAAUCAUGCACUUACAAGAAAUAAAUGGUGAACCAUCCUGUGAUGUAAUUAACAUAUCUGCCAUAGUCACUCAGAUGCUACACUAAUAACCCAUGUCCAUGUUAUUUUUGUUCCAUUGACUAUAGAGCAUAUUUCUAUACCUGGGGAAAUGAACAGUCCACAGAAUGACUAAACCGAUCACUUUGGCCACUUUAAUGAUCAAUAAGGAUUGCCUCAUUGAGCAGAAUUGGCCAUGAUGAUGUCCAAUUAUUAGGAACAGCCAUGUUCAGAGGCUGUGUUUGGACCCAGACAAACACAAGGCCCAUAUUUCUUGGGAAAUUUGGCUAAAAGGGCCAGUGAAGUGGGAUUAUUUUGAUAAUGAUGCUGUAAUGAGUCAGUUGAAAGUUUAGAUAUGUCCAGGGAGCCACAUGUUAGCCCAUGCCUUUGGUGGAUAGUUGUUCUGAACAAAGAGCACAGAGCAGAAGUCCUGUGCUUUUAUGGAUGUUUCGUAGCAAUCAAAUAUUCUGUGCAUCCUCAAGUAUCUGGCCUUUCUUGCCACCCCAUUAAUGAAAAACUCAUUAAUCAUAAAGCCCUUCUGUCCUACAAAUGCUAUUCAUUGUCAGUUUGUCAGCAUCCUGGCCAAUCUGAUCUGGAAUAAUGAUCUAUUUAAAGAAUCCCUAGGCAGGCAGAUAGUUCUAGGGCCACAGCCCUGGGGAUCCCUGUCCACGUAGGCAUCUCACAAAAGCCAGUGUUCAAUAAGUUUUAGAUUUUUUUCCAAUGUAAAACUGAGGUGUCAGAGACUCUAGAAGUAACCUAUUUGUGGUUCCUCAGGAGUUGAUCUGGCCCUGUAACCAACUCCUAGAAUAUCUCCAGAAGACUCAACCCUAGGAUUACCUGCCAACCCAAGCCUUUUGGGAUAAUCGGAUCUCCAUUGGGGAAGUGCCAGUUGAUGUUAAUACUUGGUCACCACCUGAUUCUGGCUGGGCCCUAUAGUUUUUCUAGAAUGGGAUACAUUGUCUGGAUAUCAUAUUGUCACCCCACCAUAUGUUUCCAUUCAUUUGAGAGUUUAGCUUUAAGUUCAGCAUGGGGAUGAUUUCCUUUAGCUAGGCAAAGCUUAAUCAUGGUUCCUAAAGGGGAAACAUCCCAAGAUCAUGAAUGAUUAUCCCAUUUAUGACAGUCUGUUCAUUAUACAAUCCCUUAACCAGCUGUACACAAUGUUACUAGGUCAACCUGUCCCACCAAUAGGGCUAGGCUCUCUAGAAAUACUCUGUGGAGAGACCUCGAUAAGAUAGGCAAAGCUGUCAAAAGGUCUCAUAGCUGGAGGAGUUUAGUGGAAUCCUGUCUUAUGGAGAAUGAUAAGCCUAUCUCCUCUCCCCUCCUGGCAAUGUGGAAAAUGAUAUAUCACAAUAUACUACAUUGGCUAUGUAAACAAGAAACUGUAGCCACUGAGAAUGGUGAACUUCCUCCAUUUACACCCAGAUCCCCAAGUAUACCCCAUGUAGGUCCGUGCAGAAACAGCUUUUGACAUUAAGCAAAGUCAUUAAUUCUCCUGCUUUGUUUACACUUCAUCUUCUAUUGCAUGAAUCUAAGUUUGGUAAAGGACAUUAUUCUGGUAUGGAUACAGAAUCAUAGCUGUGGAUAGCUAAACACCAUUCAUGUGCAAAGUAAAUGAUUAUUUAUUUGUAUUUCCCCUCCUGUUAUGCAAAACCCACAUUCACACUCAAUCAGAGGUCAUUAGAACCAGUGGAUGCUUAUCUAACAGCAUUAUUGAAGGGUUUUGUCUGUGGAAAAACACCUAACACUGAACCUAUCUUCCAGAACAAAGAGAAUCUAGGCAUGUGCAACUCAGUGGUGUGCAUCCUGGAGCUCUAGGGAAAGCAAGAGCUUUCCUGAAAUCAUAGCAUGAAUUAUUCACGUGUGCUUCCCAGCCUGGGCUGCAGAGUGAAUAUGAUCAAAUGAGCCUUUGAGGCUUCUCUCUGGGAAGAAUGCCAGGAGCCCUGCCCCUCUCCAGGGGCACACCAGCAGCCCCUCAGCACCCAUACGUUGACUUCCAGCAAAAGCAAGGACCUUUCUACAAAGAACACAGAUUCCGCAGGUGGCUACUGAGCACUGAAUAAUGGUUCCAGGUGGUCAGAGGUUUGGCUUGGCUCCAAACACAGAAAGCCAGUUCCACAUUCAUUCUGCCUGUUCCAUACACUGAAUGUAAAGAUGGGAUACAGGGUUCCUUCUCUCCCUCUCUGUGAGAUGUCAGAGGAAGGGGUUUGAUAAUGAGCUUGUUUCACUUUUUAAAAGGAUUCAGAUCUUUGACACUCAUCUACCUUUAACAGGAUUCUGUUGUAAAUACAUUGUUUUAAUUUUUUUUUUUAGGAAAAAAAACCAUCAAUGCUAGUUUGUUCAUGAUUGUCAAGCCAGUUGAUGAUAUGUCUCAUAUUUCUGAAUGUCUUAACUGGGCAGCACCAAGGCACUGGUGGGAUUUUUUUUCUUCCUUAAAAGGAAAACAGUUCAUAUUAGACAGCUUUAAAAAAAAAUGUAAUCACUAGCAUCACCUAGUAGGAUAAGAAUAGGGACUAGACCUGUGAUCUCAUAAGUAUAGGAAACCCAUAAGUAAGGAAACUCUUUCUUCCAAUGUAGGUUGGCACCUUCUUUGCAAAAUACUCUUAAAGAGAUGGAAGGAACACUGAGAGGUUGUGACUUGCCAAGGUUAGUAGAGGCAAGACAUAAGCCCAGGUCUCCUUGCUUCCAAGGCCAUUUCUUUGCCUUUUACCAUUUAGUAACAAAAAGAAAAUGGCAGGAUGUAGGCAUUAUUUGAGGUACAUGAACACUUCCACUUUCAAAAUUUGCCUUGUUACCUAUAAAAGCAGGAGAGAUGGUAGGCUGGAUUCAUUAGCAGUCACAAUCAAUCUGUUAGCACAGAUACUUUUAAGAGGAAAGGGAAGAUAUUUCCACUUUGAAUUCCUCUAGAUUUCAAGUCUAGAGUGAAAAUCAUUUUUGAUUUUAAAAAAUCCUUUUCCAGCUUUUGCUUUACCCUACUCAUUUUCUGCAGUGAUAGAAUCACAGAAUUUUUUAACUGAAAGAGCCCUAGAUAUAAUCUAGGCAAAUCCUUUUAUUUGACAGAAGAGAAAAGUAAGGCACUGGAAAGUGAGUGAUCAGCCCUAGAUCAAUAGUUGCUUAUUGGUGGAGGAGUAAAGACUAAAAUGCCAGGUGACCUAUUCUUAUUGUUGUUCAGUCCUUUCAGUUAACUCCAACUCUUCAUGACUCCAUAGAGGGUUUUCUUGGCAUAUUGGAGUGGUUUUUCAUUUCCUUCUCCAGCUCAUUUUAUAGAUGAGGAAAUCAAGACAAACAAGUUUAAGUGACUUGCCACAGCUAGUAAGUGUCUGAGGCUGGAUUUGAACUCAGGAAGAUGAGUCUUCCUGACUUCAGACCUGACACUCUACAUAUGUGCCACUUAUUAUUAAUCCACAAUUGUUUCUACGACAAUGCACUAUAUCCCAGAUAAAAGCAUCUUUUUUCCAGUGACGUUCUCCCUUGAGACAGACACUUCACUAGCCCAAAUGAAGAAAACAACCUGGGUACAAGAAUGUUCAGUAAAAUUCCACAUUCACAUUCUAGACUUCCCCAAUUUCUAGGUGCAUAUAAUUGAGAUGGAAUAAAUUAAAUGAAAGUUUCAGAAUCAGUCUCCAAUUGGAUAUCUUCCUAUGAUGAGAGAUAACCUAGAGGCAAAUUGGUGCCUUUAUUAAGCAGAUUGAACUAGAUGGCCUUUAGAGUCCCUUCUAGCUGGACAGCCAUGAUCCUGUGAUCCUUCCUGAGAUCCUUUGGCCUGUCAGCUAUAAGAUCGGAGCAAAGCACUAAGACUUUGAAGGUUGCUUAGAUGUGGAUAAAGCCAUCAUUCCCCUUCACAGAAGAAUCUUAACUAAAAGCCUGAUGGGAACAUUCUGCCUAUCCUGCUGCUAGUAGGACACCAGAGAAUCUAUAGUGCUUUGGUAUUUAGGCUCCAUAAAGCAGCCUCUGAGAAGUAGUAUGAAUAGCAUAGAGGAUAGAGGGCCAACUCUGGAAUCUGGAAGAUCUGAGUUCAAGUCUUGCUUCUGAUACAUGCUGGUUAUAGGAACCCAAACAAAUCACUUUUUUUUUUUCUUUGUAGCUCAGAUAACCAGCCAUCUGAGACUAAGCUGUAGAGCUGCCAAUUUGUAAGGGUAGAAGAUGUUUCUAAACUGAAAGUUUCCUUCUUAGAUGAAACCACAGGUUUGGAUAAAAAAAAAUAUAAACAUUAAGAAAAUGAAUUUUUCAAGUAUCCUGUUUGUCCCUUUUUAAUUUUUCUUCUAUGUAUUUUUGUUUAUUUUGGUCAUCCAUUCCUUUUUUGGUGCUUUACACAUAGCUGUAUUUAGUAAAUAUUUGUUGAAUUGAACUAAAUUCCCAUAUAGAUGUUUUAUAGCUGUAUCUUGGCAGAUAGGCUCUUAGAUAUCGCAAGACACACAGAAGUCACAAAAUUAUCUCCUUCAUGUUGACUAUCAAAUCUUUAUCUGGGCUACAGUAUUUUCAGUGAUUGCACUGAGUGACUGUGUUUCUAAAGCAAAAAGUGUGCCCUCUUAAAUCCUGCAGCUGGAAGACAUUAUGUUGCAUUGCAAAGAGGGCAGGAUUUGGAAUCAGAACUGAAUUUGAGUCCUAGCUCUGCCACUUCCUAGCAUUUUGACCAUAGGGUCUGAGCCUCAGUUUCCUCAUCUGUAAAACUGAUAUCAUAAUACUUUUACUACCUACCUCACAGGGUUGUUGUGAGGAUCAAAGGAGAUAAUGAAUGUGAAAGUGCUCUGUAACUGUAAUAUACCAUAAAAAUGUCAACUGUUCUUUUUAUAAGGUUGUUUUGUUCCUAUAACAACCAGUGUGGAAGAGACCCCCUGUAUGUGGAUGAAAUAAGUCAUCACCUUUGAGUUAUAGCCUUUCUCAAAGGGACUAAUCUGUACAGUACUUUGUUAGUGUUUUGUUAACAUAUGAGAAGUUCAGGAAGAGAACAUCUUUCUUGAUAGUUCCCUUGGCCUCAGUUUCCUCAUCUGUUAAAUGAGGGGGGUUGGAUUGCCUUGACCUCUGAGGUUCCUUCCAACUCUAGGACAAUGAUUCCAGGAACCUAAGCUUUGUUCUUAAUUAACAGGGCCCACCAUAGUGCUCCUGAGAACACAUGUAAACAGCCAUUUACUAUAAAGACAAUCAAGGUUAAAUGCAGUAUAAAAGCCCAGCUCUUUAUAUAUGAAAAUGUAUAUUCAAUCUACGUAGGAACUUCUUUAGGGCCCUUGGACCAACUGGACUCUUAGAGCUUCCUUUGAUUUUAAGGAGGAUAAAUGAGAUGCCAAAGAGGGAAUUUGAACAAGGUUUCAAAGCUGUUCCUCUGUGUGGGCCUUUUUUCAUUUAGAGAAAUUCUUGCAGAUUUUCCAUUACUGUAAAUUCAUAACCCUAAGAUUCAGUCAAGGCAUAGACCAAAAGCAGUCAUCUGAUACCUGCCUCUACUAUUUCUCAAUUUUAGCCUACUUGGUCGUGAAGUGUUAUCUGAAUGUGUGUUGACAUCUUUUAAAGUUGGGAGAAGAAAAAAAAAUUGGCUUUCCUUUCACAGAAUUCUGAGGAUUAGCCUUUGAUUCUUAUGAAGUCAGGUACAUUAGAACAUUCUAGCGAAAUAAUUAUUCAGCUGCUGUGAGAACUCUGUUUAUCUAGUAAAGAAAUUUAUUUUAAGUAAUAUUUCAUCAACUCAUAGGGUUUGAUGGCAUAGUAUCUAUCCUAUGUCUCAUACUAGAACUUCGGUAACAUUCUGAAAGACUAUAUUUACAUUUGCCAAGUCUCUAAAUGUUCAUUUUAACAACUUUUCUAUAGUUUGUCUAUGGUUUCAUUAGCAAAAUCUAAAUGUUGUAGACUGUUUUUAAAACAAGCAGAUUUUGAGUGUGGGAAGACAUGCUAUAGUCACCAUUUGGGGACCAGGAUGGCAAAAUUAAAAAAACAAAACAAAACUCAUAAGGUAAUGAUGGUUUUGCUGGGUUUAGGCCAUGGUAACUCAUUAGGCUGAUUACUUGCUGAAGAAGAAAGUUAUGAUCUGCAUUUGAUAAAUAAGAGUGCUCAUGAGGAUGACACCAUGAACAAAAUAGUCAAGCCUGAAUAAUAGAAGUAAAGGUUUUAAAUGUUUCCUAAAAAAAGAAGAGUUUUUCCCAAAACUUUGUCUCAAGCAAAACUUUUCUUUAGCAAGGGAUGGUGGUACAUGUCUGUCAUCCCAUCUUUCUGGGAGGCUGAGCCUGGCAGAUCUCUUGAGCUAAAGAGUUCUGAGCUAUAGUGGGCUAUGCCACUCCAGGGUCCAUCUUAAGUUUAACAUUACUUUGGCAAGCCACUGGGAACAGGAGGUUACCAGGUCACUUAAAAGAAUCCAGGUCAGAAAUGGAAGAGGUCCCCUGCUGAUCAGUAGUGGGACUGGGACCCUGAACGGUCCCCCUGGCAUUUCUUGCCUGGGCAAGAGAGAGAUGCCUGGUCUUUAGAAAAACAAAAUGUUUCUUUAGUUCCAUAUUAUUACCCAUUUUCAGUUCUACUUAGUCAUUGCAUAAUAGUGUUCAUUGUCUCACAUGAUAACUGAUACUUGAUUUGUCGUGUGGCCAGGUAGCAGUAAAAUUACUUUGAAAAUGGCUCAUUUUAUGACUGUAUAUAGCUCUUAACAAGCUCCAAUAGUGAUAAGCCUCCUGUAUUCUUUGUUAACCCAGCAAUAAUAGUGUAGUCAUUGGUAUGUUUUUAGUUUGUUGUAUAAAGUGUCUAACUUGCAACCAUCAUUGGAGUGUCUGCCCCAUUCUGAUGCCUUUCCUACAACCUUGGUAAGAUGAUCAUAGAAUUUUUUCUGCAGUCAUGUCAAGCUAAUUUAUCUAUGUAUACAUAGUUUAUAUAUUAAAAACCUAAUUUAUACUGUGUUUUAACAGUUUGCCUGAAGUGUCUCUGGUUUCUAAAUUUUGUAAUGUGUUCGUCAAAUAAAAAAUAGCACUAAAA